AUGUGGUGGGCUGGCCGGCCUCCGACCGCCGGCGGAAUCGAUAGGCGAGGAGGCCGGAGCCGGCGCUCCAGCUCCAGCCCCCUGCUCUCACCGAGACUUUUUGCUCGCGGCGCGGCGCGGCGCGGCGCGGCGAGGCCACGCAGGGAGACGGGACCCUUCGCGAAACCGCUGCUGCGCUCGCCCGCCGUCAAGCGUCCCGCGUCGGCGCCGGUGGCCCUGCAGGGCUGGCUGCACAAGCAGGGCUCGGAGGGCCUGAUGCUGUGGCGGCGCCGCUGGUUCGUGCUCGCCGAGUACUGCCUCUUCUACUACAAGGGCCCCCAGGAGGACAAGCUGCUGGGUUCGAUCCUGCUGCCGUCGUACAAGGUGUCGCCGUGCUCGGCGGACGACAAGGUGUACCGGAAGUUCUCGUUCAAGGCGGAGCACGCCAACAUGCGGACGUACUACUUCGCGGCCGACUCGCGGGAGCUGAUGGUGCAGUGGAUGAACGCGCUCAGCCUCGCCUCCAUCCUGCAGGACACCUCCAGGCCCAGCGUCUCGUCGGCCUCGUCGCAAGUGAACGCCAGCGCCAGUGCCGACGACAGCGACAGCGGCUUCCACGGCUACCGCGUGGGGGCGGCGCCGGGGGCAGGCGUGCGCUCCAAGUCGCCCUCCGCCGCCGCCGCUGCAACGUACGAGUCGCGCGUGGCGCGGCCGCAGGAGCCGUACCGGCCUCCGCCGCCGCCGAUCGGCGCGCGCGCCAGCCACGUGGUGACGGACCAGCAGCAGCAGCAGCAGCAGCAGCAGCGGCAGCGGCGCACGCCCGACGCCUACAGCCGCUCGCAGCCGCCGCCGCCGCAGCCCGCGCGGGCCCCCGCCGCAGCGGCGCACCGCGACUACGAGGACGUGUACGACCCGCGGUACCGGCCCGUCGCGCACCCUGCCUACCUCGAGGUAAACACGUAG